AUGUCCUUAAUGGCUCUGGGCUUCAGCUUCCUUAUCCGUAAGGCGACAGGAGCUCGGGAGCAGCACAUGGGCUGCUCACACCGACGCCCCGUGGAGUGCCAGUCUCCCAGGACGGGCCACAGACCACGUGGGGUCAGCUUGUGCACCCUCCUGCCCCGGACCCGGGACUCAGAGACACAGACACGUGCGACUCCACGCAAUGCCGCACCCUGUCUUUAUACCCGAGCCUGUUGUCCAUUUGGCUGGAUGUUCACAUCAAGAAAUCUACAUGCCUCAAGGCUGGAUUCCCUGGAUGGCUUUGUAUUUGCACUAAAUCAAGAAGGAAAAUUUUUGUACAUUUCCGAAACCGUCUCCAUCUACCUAGGCCUCUCACAAGUGGAGCUGACAGGCAGCAGCGUCUUUGACUACGUGCACCCAGGGGACCACGUGGAGAUGGCAGAGCAGCUGGGCAUGAAGCUCCCGCCGGGGCGGGGUCUCCUCUCGCAGGGCACUGCUGAGGACGGAGCCAGCUCGGCAUCUUCCUCCUCCCAGUCGGAGACCCCUGAGCCAGGUGGGAAUUGAUCCCGACGUGGGGGACGGUGGGCAGGACCUUUGCCAAUGCUUGCACUCAAGUCACCAGUGUGAAGAGACUAUAAAUAGGUCUAAUGGUAGUUAACAAUUCCGUGCAGCUUUCUGUCCCGUGCAGUAAUUAAAUAAGGAAGGGAUUUGAAAAUAAGGAGACAUUUUAAUAAGUAUAAUCCAGAGAUCUAAUUUCAG